AUGUUGAAUCAAUAUGUCAGUGAUAUCAUUUUAAUAUCAGAUUUGACAAAAAAUCAAAUGCAAAAAUUGACCUUAGAUCUAAAUAAGAUAGACAAACAUUUACAAUUUACCUUCGAGUUUGAGGUCGAUGGUAAAUUACCAUUUCUAGAUGUAUUACUCACAAUGGAUAAGGAGAGAGAAAAAAUACGUACUAGUUGGUAUCGAAAACCAACAGCAGCUAAAACGCUAUUAGAUUUUAAAUCCGAUCAUACUAGCGCUGUUAAGCAAAAUAUUGUUAAAAAUAUGAUAAGCAAAAUCGUAUUAGUUAAUGGAAAUGAGAGAAAUGAAAAAAAUUUAACGGUUUUUCGAACAGUAAUUAUCCAUCUUCAAUUACGAGCCAUAUUGGGGAUAUAG